UUACCAAAUUCCGGGUAGAGAGAAAAAGAAAAAAAUCCUAGACAGGCCUUAGCCACACAAAAAAGAAGUAUAGCAAAAAAUAUCAAAAAAUAAAAAGAAGAUGGGAGGUUGAAAAAGACGAUAAAUUGUUUGGUUCUUGGGAUUUUUAGGGAGAAGCCUUCGGAUUUUGGAUGGUUUCGCAAGUUUAGGUGGUUUAGGGUCGUGCUAGGGGUUCAUCUUUCGGUUUCUAGCUGAAAUAUAAUGGAGAAGAGAUCCAAAUCAACUGUCAAGGAUCUUCAUGGUGUUGUGGGCUUUGUUUAGUGGUAGAGGUUGCGGAACGACGUCAUUCCUUGUUGAGGAAAGCCUCUUUUUGAAGAGAAAGUGGGCAGCUCUGUGACCUUGGGCAAAUCCCAGCCUAGGAUUUGGUGCCAGAAAGGGUCGUAGACAAAACUGAUCCUGCCUGGAAUCAGGGUAGGAUUCAUUACACAGGUGCACCAAAGGAAGUGUUAGAAGCUUAUUCGGAUCAAUACGCCAAGGACAUUGACUCAUUUUUACAGGCAAGAGUGAAAGAGCUUGCGCCUGGCGGGUUAAUGGCUCUUCUAAUACCCGCUGUUCCAGAUGUGAUCACCGACCCUCAAAUUACAGUAGGAUCAGAAUUUGAACUUGUGGGUUCUUGCCUCAUGGACAUGGCAAAAUUGGGAAUAGUAAGUGAGGCGAAGGUUGAUACUUUCAACUUGCCUAUUUACUUCACAUACCCAAAAGAAUUGCGGCGAAUUAUAGAGGGAAAUGGAUGUUUCAGCAUUGAAAGGAUGGAGGAAUUGAACAUCACAAAGCAGCACAUAGUCAUGCCAGACCUAAGACAGCGAAUGCUGUACAUUAGAGCCAUCUUGGAACCACUCAUUAAGAAUCACUUCGGAAAUGAAAUCAUUGAUCAACUCUUCGAGAUAUACUCAAGGAAACUUUCAGAGUCAUCUAUUUUCUUGAACCCAGAAUACCAGAAAACAACUGCAAUCUUCCUCCUUCUCAAGCCUAUAUGAUGUAAAUUAAUACGGAACAUACUUAUCUCAUUUUCUUUUCUUUCUAAUAAGGGAAGAAAGUUACUAUUUAAUUAUUAGCAGUUACAUUGUUAUUAAUAACAUGAACGAUGGUACCAUUUUACCAUGUAUUCCUAAUUGGUUGAUAAGAAAAUGAAAAUGAA